AAUCCCACGUGAGGGGGUGGGGCCCCCGCUGAGAGGAGGGUGAAAAGCUCUUCACCGGGACACCUUCAGCUAGAAGGCAGAGCAGCUUUUCUACAGCUCUUUUGCUUCUUACUGAGACUUCCUGAGUAGCAGAAAAAUGGCGGGCUCUUUCACACGUCUGCUCUCUGGUCGUAACGUGCUGCUGGCCAGCCUGGGAGCAGGAACGGUGGCCACCGGCCUCAUGAUGAAUGAGAACAACUCCCUGGUUGCUGAGACGAGGAAGAAGCUCUAUCCUCCAAGCUCUGAUUUCCCAGACCUGAGGAAACACAACAACUGCAUGGCCUCGGCUCUGACCCCGGCCAUCUACGCCAAACUGAGAGACAAGUUGACCCCCAACAACUGGACCCUGGACCAGUGCAUCCAGACUGGAGUGGACAACCCGGGACACCCCUUCAUCAAGACGGUGGGCUGUGUGGCCGGAGACGAGGAGAGCUACGAGGUGUUCGCUGAACUCUUCGACCCCGUCAUCAAAGACAGGCACAACGGCUACGACCCCCGAAUCAUGACACACCCCACCGACCUGGAUGCUUCCAAGAUCACCAGCGGCAUGUUCGAUGAGAAGUACGUCCUGUCCUCUCGUGUCCGUACCGGUCGCAGUAUCCGCGGUCUGAGCCUCCCCCCGGCCUGCUCGAGGGCUGAGCGCCGUGAGGUGGAGCGGGUGGUGGUGACGGCGCUGGCCGGCCUGCAGGGGGACCUGGCAGGACGUUACUACAGUCUGGGAGACAUGACGGAGAAGGAGCAGCAGCAGCUCAUUGAUGACCACUUCCUGUUUGACAAACCGGUCUCUCCUUUGUUGACCUGUGCCUUUAUGGCCAGAGACUGGCCAGACGCCAGAGGCAUCUGGCACAACAACGAGAAGACCUUCCUGAUCUGGGUGAACGAGGAGGACCACACCAGAGUCAUCUCCAUGGAGAAGGGAGGGAACAUGAAGAGAGUGUUUGAGAGAUUCUGCAGAGGACUCAAACAGGUGGAGCAGCUGAUCCAGGAGAGAGGCUGGGAGUUCAUGUGGAACGAGCGUCUAGGCUAUGUCCUCACAUGUCCCUCUAACCUGGGAACUGGGCUGAGGGCGGGCGUGCACGUCCGCCUGCCUCUCCUUAGCAAGGACGCACGAUUCGGCAAAAUCCUCGACAACCUGCGUCUGCAGAAGAGAGGCACAGGAGGAGUGGACACUGCAGCGGUUGGAGACACGUUUGACAUUUCAAACAACGACCGUCUGGGCAAAUCAGAGGUGGAGCUGGUGCAGCUGCUGAUCGACGGUGUGAACUACCUGAUCGAGUGUGAGAAGAGGCUGGAGAAAGGACAGGACAUCAAAGUCCCGGCUCCCAUCGCUCAGUUCAAGAAAUAAACUCUCUGUGUUAGCGAUGUAAGCAGCAGGAGGAGCAGCUCCCUCUGAUACCCUCAGAGCUGAACAUUUCUUUACUCUUCUGGGAAAGAUUGUAAAUCUUUAGGGAAACCUAAUCUUAGACAUGAUGUGCUGUUAGGGAAAACUCUACCUCAGGUUAAGGUCUUCACUGUAACCCUGACUUCAAUAAAGUCCAAAAUAGUCAAAA